AUGGCCGACCAGCCUCCGCCACAGCCCCCCGGCGGCGGCGGCGUGGCGGUGGCGGCGGCGUCGGCUGGGGGGGGCUCUCCUUCGCUGCCCGCCCUGGUGCCGGGCCUGCAGGCCAGCGAGGCCAGCGCGCUGCGGCACAAGAUCAAGACCUCCAUCUGCAAAACUGUACAAUCGAAAGUGGACUGCAUUUUGCAAGAAGUUGAGAAGUUUACAGACCUACAGAAACUCUACCUCUACCUUCAACUGCCUUCUGGCCCCAGCAAUGGCGAGAGAAGCGAUCAGCUGUCGGUGUCGUCCAGCCGCGCACAACAAAUGCACGCCUUCUCCUGGAUCCGGAACACCUUGGAGGAGCACCCUGAGACCUCCCUCCCCAAGCAGGAGGUGUACGAUGAGUACAAGAGCUACUGCGACAAUCUUGGCUACCACCCGCUCAGUGCUGCUGACUUUGGGAAGAUCAUGAAGAACGUCUUUCCCAACAUGAAGGCCCGCCGCUUGGGCACAAGAGGCAAAUCGAAGUAUUGCUAUAGUGGACUUCGGAAGAAAGCCUUUGUGCAGAUGCCGUCGCUCCCCAACUUGGACUUCCACAAAACGGGAGACGGGCUGGAAGGGGCGGAGCCUGCCGGGCACCUGCACAACGCGGACGAGGAAGUGGUGUCUGCCGCCUGCCAGCUGGUCUGCGAGUGGGCCCAGAAGGUGCUGAGCCAGCCUUUCGACACGGUCCUGGAUUUAGCCCGUUUCCUGGUCAAAAGCCACUACAUCGGCACCAAGUCCAUGGCGGCGCUCACCGUGAUGGCAGGGGCACCGGCAGGGCUCAAAGGGCUCCCUCAGCCGUCGGCAUUUGUUCCCACUGCCGAGAGCAACUCCUUCCAGCCGCAGGUGAAGACCCUCCCCUCCCCCGUCGACGCCAAGCAGCAGCUGCAGCGCAAGAUCCAGAAGAAGCAGCAGGAGCAGAAGCUGCAGUCCCCGCUGCCUGGAGAGGCCCCCGCCAAGAAGGCCGAGAGUGCCAUGGGCAACGGGGUGGCCGGCCUGUCCAAUGGGAGCCCCGCCAUCUUGUCUCCUCAGCCCAUCGGGAUUGUGGUGGCCGCCGUCCCCAGCCCAAUUACGGUGCCGAGGACCAGGCAGUUGGUGACUUCUCCUAGCCCGGGCAGCGCCUCGGAAGGCAAAGUCCUGCCGCUCAACGUCCAGGUGGUGACUCAGCACAUGCAGUCGGUCAAGCAGUCGCCAAAGACUCCUCAGAAUGUCCCCGCCAGCCCCGUGGGCGACCGCUCUGCCCGCCAUCGGUACCCCCAGAUCCUCCCCAAGCCAGCCAACACCAGCGCCCUCACCAUCCGCUCUCCAACAACCGUGCUUUUCACCAGUAGUCCCAUCAAGACCAUGGUUCCCACCCAGCACAUGAACGUGGUGAAGAUGACAGCAAUAUCUCUUGCCCCAAGCGGCACCAGUGGCGCCUCCAUCAAGCCCACGGCGUCGGUGGUGGGCAGUGCGGGAGCGGCAGAGGAGCCGAGGACCGUCCAACAGAUGAAGAACGGGUCUGUCGUGCCGCUUCAGUCUCCCGUGGUCCGGGCGAGUGGCGGAGGCUUAACCACGGCCACCUCUUCGGUUGAGGUCAAAAUGGAGCCAGAAGCCGUGCUGGAUGACCACCUGCCGCGGGGCCAGGAGAACCCAGACGCUUCCAAGGCUGCGAGGGGAGUUCCAAGUACGCCGGCCCCUCAACUGCGGAGGCGCGAAGCGGAGCCCCCCCAGAAGGCGGUGAGCGAGGAGAGGGCUGGAGAAGCAAAGCCUGCCCAGGUCUGUGAUCGGAGGGCGGAAGAGUCGGGGCGGAAGUGCCUUGCCCGGCCUGCAGACUCCGGACUGGUUCCUUCUUUAGAAAGCAGCCCUGCUGUUCUUGCCACUUCGGCUGCUGCCACCGCCCAAACCUGCCCCAGCGCCAGAAGCCUCUCGUCUCCCGGGGGUGACAGACUGUCCUCCAAGAGCCCCAGGAAGAGGGUGGCGCCUCCUUUCCCGGAAUCCCAGCUGCCCCCUGCAAAGAAGCUUCUGGCGGAGCAGGCCCCUGCAGCAGGCCUGGACGCCCCCGCAGGGAGCCGCAGCGCUCCGCCGUUGCCGCGGGUGGUGUCUCUGGCUAAGAACGACGGCCCAGCGGCCCUGCUUCAGCUCCCUGGCAAGGUGACCAUCCAAGUCAGCGCGGCCGCCGGCGGCCUGGCCACCAGCUGCCCCUUGGACGCGGACAUCAUUCUCACGUCUGGUGACCCCGCGCUGGGGCCACAGCUGGCGGCCUCCUCCCCCAACAUCAAAGUGAAGUUGGAAGGAAACAUGUUGAUCCUGGAAAACAGCACUCAGCCCGACGGCGGCUUCAGCCCCGAAGUGUGGCAGCAGCUGGUGAAAAACUCGGACUUUGCUCCCGUGACCUGCGAGGGUCAGCAGCAGCAGCAGGAGGAGGAUCUGGGCGUCCUGACGCUGGCCGGGCCUUCCGGUGCGGACGAGGUGGAGAAGUCUGCCUGGGAGCCGGUGCCUUUUGAGGGACUACCUGAGGCCGCCUACGGCCCGCCGCUCCUGGAGCAGGCACCGGAGGGGCCAGCGGAGCAGUUGCCGGUGCAGACUCCGAGCCAAUUCCCUCUGCAGCCGGAGCUCAAGGGGCUGGAGGAUCCAGCCUCCCAGCCCAGCGAGGCCUUCUUCUCCUUCGAUGACGACCUCACGCAGGACAGCAUCGUGGAGGAGCUGGUGCUGAUGGAGGAGCAGAUGUCCAUGGGCAGCUCCCACCCGUACGGCUCUUGCCUGGGGAUGGCCCUCCAAAACCCGGGCAUGGCCCAGGGGGCAGCCCUGUCCUCCCACCCGAGCAGCUCCCACUUCUACCACCCCAUCCACAACAGCGGCACUCCCGUCCACACCCCCACGCCCACGCCCACCCCUACGCCCACGCCUACUCCCACCUCGGAAAUCAUUGCCGGGUCCCAGGGCGUCUCGCGGGAGAGCCCUUGCUCCCGGAUGGCUCAGACAACCCCCGUGGACAGCGCCUUGGGCAGCAGCCGGCACACCCCCAUCGGCACGCCCCACUCCAACUGCAGCAGCAGCGUCCCGCCCAGCCCCGUGGAGUGCAGGAACCCCUUCGCCUUCACGCCCAUCAGUUCCAGCAUGGCCUACCACGACGCCAGCAUCGUCUCCAGCAGCCCCGUGAAGCCCAUGCAGCGGCCCAUGGCCACCCACCCCGACAAGACCAAGCUGGAGUGGAUGAACGCCGGGUACGGCGGGGUGAGCAACCCCGUGGUCUCCAGCCACGGCAUCCUCCCCAGCUACCAGGAGCUGGUGGAAGACCGUUUCCGGAAGCCGCACGCCUUUGCAGUUCCCGGCCAGUCCUACCAGACUCAGUCCCGGCACCACGAUGCCCACUUUGGCCGCGUGACCCCCGUCUCCCCCAUCAGCAGCACCAAGCAAGAGGGCUUUGCCGUCCCUGCGCCUCUUGACGGCAAAGGGGCCGGUUCCUCGCACAACAGCAGCUUCCGGUGCCGCAGCGUGAGCCCCGCCGUCCACCGCCAGCGCAACCUCAGCGGCAGCGGCUCCGCCGUCUGCCCCGUCGCCAACGUGCCCCACUCCAGCGUGGCGUCUUUUGGCAGCCCCGUCACCCCGGAGGUCCACGCCACCUUCGCAAAUGUCCCCGCAGACACGAGUGCCAACACCCUCGCCCAGAGGAGCCAGUCGGUCCCCUUGACGGUCAUGAUGCAGACGGCUUUCCCUCCGCCUGCGAAACAGACGAAUUCUAAAAAGAUGAUAAACGUCUUGCUCAACAAACUGGACCCGGAGAACGAUGACGCGGUGAGGGGGCUGGGGAUGAACAACAUGCCUUCCAACUACACGGCCAGGAUGAACCUGACGCAGAUUUUGGAAACGUCGAGUGGUUUCCCGGGUGCCAACGCCCAGGGGGAUCUGCUCAACGCCAGCCCUUCUGUGUUUGAGUUCCAGGCCCCGAGUUACCUCACCAAAAGUGGCGGAGGCGGCAGCAGCAGCGUGGAUCAGGUCGCUUUCCCUCCGGGAGAGAACCAAGCACAAUCGGAGAGCUCAGAGCCCUCGCUGGACUUCAGCAGUGCUGUCAAGGACCUCCUGGGGGAGGACGGCCUGCAGGCCAGCCAGCAGCUGGUGAGCCAGGUGGCCACGGACCUGGGCAGCGCGGCCUCCGUCUUCUCCAGUGACAUCCGGUUGACUUCUGAGCUCUCGGGCAGCAUUAGCGACCUGAACACACUGGACACCAACCUGCUGUUUGACCCAGCUCACCAGCAGGGCCAGGACGACGAGGCCACACUGGAAGAGUUGAAGAAUGACCCCCUGUUCCAACAGAUCUGCAACGAGUCCAUUAACUCGAUUACUUCGGCGGGUUUUGAUUGGAUGGAGAGCAAGGACCACCCUGCCGUGGAGAUGUUGGGUUAACUCUCUCUUUUUUAAACAAAAAAAAACAUAUGUAUGUAGCACACUGUAUCUAAAGACAGAUGUCUUGUAUUUGUCUUAACGGAAGUGCCUCCUGCAGUAGAAACAUUUUCGAUUAAUUCAUUGUGGCAUUUAAAAAAAAACACUUGCUAUACCACCAGCUGCUUUAUUCUUCAGCAGGGAAUCCAGUUGUGUCACUUUUAAAGACAUUUCUGAAGGAGAGAUGGCC